GUUUACACAAAACGCAAUGAAAUAUUAUUUCACAAUCACGUUAAAAAAUGUGUUUCUGGUGACUCUUUGCUCUAACAUUCCAUAUACUGUUAUCUUAUCAGGACAGUUGCAAAAGCUUCGAGUAAAAAUCGUUCAAUGUGUGGUGCUUCGCAUUAGAGCUCGCUGUUGUGUGUACGUGCGAUCGAAUUACAAUUUAGUCAACGAACAACGACAAAACGAAAUCGAACGGAUAUCAAAAAUUUUGUUCUUACCUAAUUAAUAAAAGUGCCUCUAAACAAAAGCACAGGAUUUUUGUAGCUUCUAUAUUUAAUUUUUUUAAAAUACUUUGAAAAGUGAAGUACAAUUAAGAGAAAACAAGAUGGUGUCUGUGGAAACGAUUGGAUCGAUAUUUAUCAAAACUCUGAAAUUGACGAUCAACGUUGUUAUUCUUAUCCUUUACUGUAUUGGGGAUGAGGGCAUUUUUUUGGGCGUUAGCGGAACAUGGAAUUUAAAUGAAGAAAAAAGCCCUUCACCGGAAAUCGUAGCCUCUGGUAUAUUUGUAGGUUUUCUAAUCUAUACCACUGUGCACACAGUGGCUUUCUUCUUCGGCACCACCAAGCAUAAACGUGAGCUGACAGACACACUGAUGAAUAUGGUCGGCACAGCCAUGUGGAUUGCCAUUGGCGGUGUGGCUUUACAUUAUUGGGGCGGCUAUAUGUCUGACCAGGACUUUCUCUACGUAAAUGCUGAGCGUCAAACGGGCAUCGCAAUGGGUGCGCUGUGUGUAAUUGAAGGUGCUCUUUAUUUAUUGGACACUGUAUUAGCUUGCAUACACUAUUCCAAGGCUGAGGAUAUCGAAUACACAGGCGUUGGGCAUUAGACGCAGAAGUUCAUCAGCAUUGUACAAAAUCUUUACUUUUUAUAAUCAAAUAGUUACUGUAGUGCAAAUUAAUUUUACAAAAAUGCAGAAAACCAUUCAUUGAACACGGAUUCAAUUAAGUGAGAACGGGCUCAAACAGCUAACAUUACCAUUAUCUUUAAUCAAAUAAUUUAAUUGUGAAUAAAAAAAAUAUGUAUGACAGUUUCAUCGUCAAAUGAAAAAUGUUAAUUAUAAUUACUUUCAAAUACCAUUUUAGGUUUAUCUAUCUACUUUACACAGUUUUUAUCAUAUUAUGAUUUUAUUUUGUGUUUAAUAAAUGGGUACAUGGCCCCAAGAUUACCACAAAAUUUCAUAUCUCUUCAAUAAAAUGCAUGCCUCAAUUAAA